AUGCGGGCGCUGCGCCUCCACGCGUGGCCGUCGCAGGCGCGGACAGCGGUGGGCGCCCGAUGCGGCUCGGUUCAGGCUCCAGGGUAUACGCCACGACAGGGCGCAGCGUUUGGGAUUGGCACAAUGGAUCACGGCCGCCAGACACUAUGCACGGCUCACGGGACCAUUCCGGACGUAUACAGACUACGCGCCGAGCGCAAUCGGUCACGGAUACGGCGGUGCUACUCCUCGUCCGCACCCACGCCGCCGCCAUCAGAGGCAAAUGACAGCAGGGCCGGCAGCAAUAGCAAGAGCCAGCAGAGCAGACAUGGUGACAGCGCCGGUUCCGGUUCCUGCUCCGGCUCGCUGGGCGCCAAAAUGCUCGAGUCGGCGGCAACAUCGCUGGCGUCCAUUCUGAUGCUCGCGCUGGGCUUUGGCGCGGCGGGCUACGGGUACCACCGGUACUACAAGCACCUCGUGCUCCGCAAGAUGGUCCUGGCGUUUGAGCCGGGCGACCCCGUGCUGGAGCUGGCGUCCAUGGGCCGCGGCGUGCCGCAGCACCUGGCGGGCGCUGCGGCGGGCAUGAUGCACGCGGCCGACGAGAGUCACGACCUUGCGCUGGAAGAGGGCGAGGGCGAGGGUGCGGGUGAGGGUGGGGACGGCGACGACGGUCGCGGCAACUACUGGAUCGAGCGGCCGGAGCAAAAAAAGGUCAACGACAUUGUGAGCGGGCGCGAGAUUGGGCACUACCACCUGUUUAUUGGCGAAAAGGGCACGGGCAAGAGCAGCAUGCAGCUGGAGGCGAUGGCGCAAAUCGACGGCGAGGGCGUGUCCAUGUUCGACGCGCACGCCGACCUCGAGAUCUUCCGGAUCCGCCUGGGCAAGGCGCUGAACUACGAGUUCAACGAGGACUACAUUGGCGGGUAUUUCAGCGAGCGGGGGCCCCGCGAGAGCACGGCGCUGCUGGACAUUGAGCGGGCGCUCAACAAACUCGAGAAGGUGGCGCUGCGGCGGCGCAACCGCACGCAGGCCGGCAAGGCACGCCGUCCGCUGGUCGUGAUUGUCAACCAGAUGCACCUGAUUCGCGACGACGACGACGGGCGCGACCUCAUCGAGCUGCUCCAACAGCGCGCCGAGCAGUGGGCGGCCGCCGGCCUUGUGACGAUGGUGUUCAACAGCGACGACUACUGGGUGUACGAGCGGCUCAAGCAGCUGGCGGCGCGCAUGGAGGUGCACAGCAUCCAAGACCUCGCGCGGCACCCGGCCAUGGUGACGCUGCAGCGGUUCCGGUGGCGGUACUUUGGCGAGCGCGUCAGCAACGCGACGGCGUCCGAGAUAUACGACCACGUUGGCGGGCGGCUGACGUUUCUGAACCGCGUGGCGCGCAGCUCGGACAUGCUGGCAACGUGCCGGCGGAUCAUCGACGCAGAGAAGACGUGGUUCCUCAACCAGUGCUGGGUGCUGGGCGGCGACAUGGACGACGAUGUCAUGGACCAGCAAAAGUGGGCCGCAGCGGCCAUGGUCCUGGCUCAGGCGCUUGUCGACAAAGAGGCAGAGGAGGCGGCCGAGGCGACAGGCAAACCCAAUGCCGGCGGUGACGAGGAGGAAGACCCAACCGCAGGUACGGCCGUUGCAGCCGCUGUGGCUGCGUCCGGGGCACCUGGAGCUUCUGGUGCUUCUGGUGCUCCCGGUGCUUCGGGCGUGACGGCGGUGCUCGCCACACACAACAGCAAUACCAACGACAGCACGACGACGGACGCGCCGGUGGAGCGCAGGCAGCUGCCGUCGUUUGCGCUGCACGAGGCACAGCAGAUUAUGACGCGGGCCGACUUUGUGCGGGAGAUGGACCGGCGCAACCUGUUUACGAUUGCGAGCAACGCGCAGGUCCGGGCGUCCUCGGUGCCGAUGCAAGAGGCGCUGCGGCAGAUCUGCGGGGCGCCCGGGUUCCGGCAGCACCUGGAUGCGACGGUGCAGCGGAUCGCCGACAUUGAGAGUCUCGGCCGCACGCGCGAGCUUGUGGCCAAGGAUCUGGUGCUGGGCGGCCGAUACGAGCUGUCGACGCCGGGCGCAGCUGGUGCCGGUUUGCUGUCGUCGGGCAAAGGCGCCUCCAAAAAGACGGAGGUCCGGUUCCGUGGCUGGAGUCCGCACGAGCGGCCGCCGCGCGAUCAGCCGGAGCCAGGCACCGAUGACGACACGUGA